UGCUUCAGUCUCGGAGCGGUUUGUAGGGUUUGUAACUGCGCCACCAUCCAGUCGACAUGGCCGGAGCUGUUGUGAAGAAGACCUUCAGUCCCCUGGGCUUCCUCAGCAGGAGGAUCUCAGCCCCGGAGUUCAUCCGCCAGUGUUGCUACCACCAGAAGGUGGUGGAUCAUUAUGAGAAUCCAAGAAAUGUGGGUUCAAUGGACAAAAAUGCCAAAAAUGUUGGAACUGGCUUGGUGGGUGCUCCAGCUUGUGGAGAUGUAAUGAAGCUUCAGAUUGAGGUUGAUAAGCAGGGGAAGAUUGUGGAUGCGAAGUUCAAAACCUUUGGCUGUGGCUCUGCCAUCGCCUCCAGCUCUCUGGCCACCGAGUGGGUGAAAGGCAAAUCGGUUGAUGAAGCUUUGAUGAUAAAAAACACGGACAUUGCUAAGGAGCUCAGUCUUCCACCUGUUAAACUCCACUGCUCCAUGCUCGCGGAGGAUGCCAUCAAGGCAGCCCUCGCCGACUAUCGUGUCAAGCAGCAUGAUGACCAGCAGGAGGCGGUGAGGGCCAGCAACUAAACACAGAGCUCUCCCUUUGAGCUGGAUGCCUGCUUCCUGUUGUGAAGAACAGAAGUAGGGGAUUCAAGCAUCACUGUUUCACUUUCUAGCAGUUAUAAUCACAAGUACACAAUGCUCAGUACCUUGUUGCAGUCGCACCCCAGGCAUCCUUUAUUAGUCUGUGGUACUCCAACCCUUAUCUACUGUGUCUCUUAGCCUGUCAGAUAAACGCACAAUGUUAAGCACUGUCUGAGCUUGUUGGUUCAAAGAUGAUGAGCCUUUGUUUGAUGAAAUAUUUUGAUUAUUUUGGAGGCGUAUUUACUUUGAAAAGUCCGAUGGAGGUCAAGUCUGCACCUUAAAAGCACUGACGGAUUGAAAUGCAGUCAAGUGGUUUGUAACAAAAAAGAGGAAGGGUCCAAUAGUUUUAAGUGUAAGUUAUAUAAUUUACAAAUGCUUCUUUGGAAAUCUACAAUAAAAGUAUCCUGAAUUA